CCGUAUAUAUUGAGCUCAUUGUGCCAUCACAAACACACUGGCACAGACAGGUACUGCAUCAUCCUUAUCCAUUCAAUAUGGCCACAGACCACCAGAGUCCUGCAUCCAAGCAGCAGCAGCCAGGCACCAGUGCGUUUAAGCUGGUUAUCUAUGAGCAGGAAAACUUCCAGGGACGCUGCCAUGAGCUGACUGGUCCCUGUAACAACCUCCAGGAAGCAGGCGUGGAGAAAGUGGGCUCCAUACUGGUGCUGUGUGGACCAUGGGUGGGAUAUGAGCAGGCCAACUGUAAGGGGGAGCAGUAUGUGUUUGAGAAGGGUGAGUAUCCUCGCUGGGAUUCAUGGACCAACAGCAGGCGUAGUGACACCAUUGUUGCAUUCCGCCCCAUUAAAGUGGACAGCCAGGAGCACAAGAUUGUGCUUUACGAAAACCCCAGCUUUGCAGGGAAGAAGAUAGAAAUCAUAGAUGAUGAUGUCCCCAGCUUUCACGCACACGGCUACCAGGAGAAGGUCUCUUCUGUUCGGGUCCAGAGUGGCACCUGGGUGGGCUACCAGUAUCCAGGCUACAGAGGCUAUCAGUACCUGUUUGAGAAGGGGGAGUACAAGGACACAACUGAUUUCGGAGCCCAGAUUCCUCAGAUCCAAUCAGUCCGGCGCAUCAGAGACAUGCAGUGGCAUCAGAGGGGUGCCUUUCAUCCCGUCAACUAA